AUGUCGUCCCUCGCCUCCGACCGCUACUCCUGCUAUGAACGCGACGAUAAUGGCGACCUUAUACCUCACGGCGGCACGGGCUACAAGUUGACCCGGGCUGCCUUGGAAGCAGAGCGCGAGAUAUGGUUGAAACGAGCGAAGGCGCGGCUACCCGCCCCUACUACUGAACUUCCCGACAAAUACAACUUCAUGACACUCCCUGACGGUAGUCCGGAUCCGCCUUCGAUACAGUACGGUAUUGCAGUCAAGUUCGACAAACUCCUAUCCUACGCGAAGCAGAAGAACCUCCUAGAACCUGCCGCGUGCAAGCGCGGCGUAGCCCUUACCUCCCUUUCAGACAUGUCCAUCAUCUCCGACGUUAUUGAGACCCUGGAAGUGGCGUGCAACGCCCGUCUUCAUUGGUCUAUACCAUGGGUUCCUGACUACAAUGGGAUGAUUGCUCUUUAUUCGAACUACACAAUGUUUUGGGAGCAACUCGAGGAGGAGCACGAGCAGGAGGUAAUCAAGAUAUUGCAGGAGGAGCUGGGUGUCACAGAGAAACCGAUGUGGUAUUGGGAUAUUUCCAACCAGUGA